AUGAAAUCCCUUACUCUUAAUACAGCAACUAAUGAGCUUUCAGAAAAUAAUGAUGAUGAUGACGACGAUGAUGAAGCUUAUAAUGAUGCUGAUGUUACUGGUGCUCCAGAUAAAACAACACCAGCAGUAAAAACCAAAGAUACUACAGAUGAUAUAAAAGAUGUAAUGGAAGAAAGCACAGAUCAGAGAGAAAAAACAUCAGAUGAUUAUGAGGAAGAUGUCAGUAUGGAACAAAAUCAAAAUGUUGAAAGUAAGUAAAUUUAAUUCAUUUUUUUAUUUUAAGGAAACAUCUAUUUCUAGCAAGUACAAGGAGGAAAAAGGCAGGUCAAUAUUAUAA